AUGUACAAGGCCUUGGGCCGUCCGCUCCUCAUGCUUAUAGAUCUUUGUCCCAUCAGCCUGCCUCUGGUCGUUAUUAGAAGCUAUGAGAUCGCAGAACAGAUCGUCAAGGCAUCGAGCGGCUUCCCAUACAGGCCCCCUAAGUCGCCCGAGACUUGGAGGCACUUGGAGCAUCUGACUGGGCCUACUUCAAUUGUAUCUUCUCGGAUUUAUGGUCCUAACUCAGAGCACUGUGCCCAGACUGAUAACCCAACCUAUCUCAUGCGUGUCUUCCACGAGCUUAUCCAAGCCUAUGCCGACGAGCAGGUCCAACUGCCCUGGUGGUACACGCCACGGGUAGAAUGGAAGCGCCAUAAUCUCGCGAAGCGAGCCAGAGGCACCCUCAAGUCCAUCGUCCGUGAGAGAUAUGCAGAGCUCGGCCAGGCCGCCAAGUCCCGCAGCAUUCUCUCCAUGAGCCUCCACGGUAUCGAAGAAUUGAAUGCUAAGACGGUCGACGUGACCUGCGAUCAUUUGAGUACUUUCCUUUUUGCUGGCCAUGAUACAACCAGUAUCACACUGGCCUGGGCGUUCUAUGAACUGUCGCACACAUCCCAUGCACUUCGAGCCGUUCGCGCCGAGUUGAAUGAACUCUUUGGCCCAGAGGCUGCAUCGGUUGGCAUUGGAGCAGCGUGGCCUGGUGAAGCCACCGGACAGCAACCCGAGGUAGGCGAGCACAGCCAAUACAAGGUAGAGAAGGAGAUGUAUAUGAAGAUGCAAGUGACUGCGAAGCCGGUCGACGGCAUGAUGAUGAAGUUGAUGCUGUGCGCGCACCACGGGCGGCGCAUCCACGGCAUGGAAUUGCGUCGUUGCCAGCCGCUGGUCGACCGGGGCUACAACCUCCAAUCCGGUGUCUACUGGGUCCAGAAUUUGAUUCUCUCGCAAGAUGAAGGGUGCGAGGGCUUCACUUUCCCGGAUCCCCCGACUAUAACCCUGCGAUGCCCGCCAUUUCAGCCCGAUACCGUCGACGACGUCCCAUUCUCGUAUGAUACCGUCAACGACUGGUCCAUGGAAAAGACGCAGUGGUAA